AUGGUUGUACCUGCAGAAAUGGAGACUAAUGGGAUUAUUGUACCUGUGAAAAUGGAAACUGAACCUAUUCAAGCUAUCCCUCCGUCAAAAGAAAAUGUCUCUACUUCAGCUUUCUUUCCUCAAGUAAGGAAUGAGCUUAAACCCUUCAAGGGUCAGCAAUUUAAAACAUGGGAAGAGGCACAUGUUUUUUAUACCAAAUAUGCAUCUGCAGCUGGGUUUGUUGUACGAAUUGGUUCUAGUAAAAGGAGCAGAGCAACUAAUGAGUUUAUAAGGAAAGCGUUUUUUUGCAAUAGACAAGGAAAUAGUCCGAUUGAAUUGACUGGUGAUGAGAAAAGGAUUCGUGGUGUAGUAAGGGAGGACUGUAAGGCGAGAAUGAUAGUUGUGAGAGACAAGUCUGGUGGAUUUGUAGUCAAUAUAUUUGAUGAAGCUCACACUCAUCCUAUGACAAGUCCAAAAAGACUACACUUGCUGAAGUCCAAUCGUCGACUUACUUGA